AACAACACUUAAUAAGUCAAGCGAGUGUUCAUCUGCACAGAAGUUUUCUGUGCAUUUUUUAUUAUUACUCAGAAAGAAAAUACAAUUUUCAUUGUUAAUCUACGCUUAAUCAUUGUUCGGCGUGUUGGUGCCGCGUGUAAAUAAAUAGUCUUUUCAGGAUAAGCGAUAUAUAGAAGAAUAUUCCAGGAUUUUACUCAAAAGCAACAAAGAUAUAGACUAUAACAAAUAACAAAUGUCGGAGAACAAAGACGAGAUUUUAUCAACUUUUCAGAGCAUUACUGGAAUAGAUGACAUUGGAGAAGCCUUUUCGCAUUUGGAAGAGACGAACUGGGAUCUUAUGACUGCCAUACAGCGUGUCAUACCCCAGGAGGACGCGCCUUCACUGGAAAGGAAUUCAGUUGGUUUGUUUAGAGAAGAUUCAUCGGGAUUUUCAAACACAACAGCCCUUAAUGAUCUAUCCACACGAGCGGGUCCAUCCACCUGCCGCCAAUGGAAUAAUGUUGCUAAUUCCAACAUUAGCUUAGCAGCUUCAACUUCUGCAGAUGCGGAAAUAAUUGAUCUCACAUCUGACAUGGACUUGGAUCCGGCAAAACACAAUGAUGUUAAGACUUUGAUACUAAACAUACACUACAAUGAAGCAGUUUACACGAUUCGACUGCCAUCGAUUGCUACAAUUGAGCAAUUAAAACGGAGAAUAGCAGAGGAGACAAACGUACCUGUUUGUCGACAAGCAAUUAGAGGUUGGCCCCCGGCAAAGCUGCAAGAUGCUAGAAAAAUAACUACUCAGCUUGCUCAUUUAGAUCUUGGACCGGAAAACGAUUUGAUUUUGCAUAAUUUAACAGAAGAAGGCUACAUAGAUACAGAAAACGAGGACGUGGCACAAAGACUACGUGACACAUUCAAAUUGACUAUCGUAGAACACCCCAACGGCAAAACAAUAACAUUACCGUUUUUAGGUAGUAAUACAAUUUUAGAAGUGAAGACAAAGGUAUACUAUGUCAGUAACAUAAAUGUUCGAAACCAAGAAUGGGAAGGCUGGCCCUCCAACUGUGAUGACAACAUGACUUUAGCCCAAUCUGGCAUUGGUCUGUCUCAUAAUUUUACGCUUCGGAACAAAUGUGAAAUGCCUGUGGAUAACAGUGGAGUUUCUAACAGCAUAAAUGCAAAUGCUAAUGCCAUUGAGACUGACGACGACAACAGUUUAGACGAUGAAGACGGCUAUGAUCCCCUACAAGAUGAGCAGCCCGUCCCACCGCGCAGCAGACACUUAAUUCCAAAUAAUAUUGGAAAUGAGUGCGCAGGUUCAAUAGAGUUUUUCGACAACUAUCGGGAACGGUUUGGUGAGCCACAUCCAGUCUUCUAUGUGGGCAGUUUGGAAGAUGCAAUCAAAGAAGCUUGUCAUAAGCCAGCGCGAGAGAGAAAGCUGCUUGCAUUAUAUUUGCAUCAUGGUGACAGCAUUCUGACAAAUGUAUUCUGUGAUCAAGUAAUGAAAAAUGAAAGAAUCAUUGAAGCAUUUGCACAAAAUUUCAUACUGUAUGGAUGGGACUUGACUUUUGAAAGCAACAGAAAUAUGUUUCUGUCUUCGGUCACUGCCUGCGUUAGCAAUACAGCAUCCAUCACAAUAAGUACAAAACCUGUGGAUAAACUACCUUCAAUACUAAUUAUUGGUAAGAGUCGGCUUUCGGGGAGAUCAUCAUGUGAAGUGCUUUCAGUUGUAGACGGUAAUUCCGAUUUAAACUCUUUUUUGUCUCGCCUUAUGGAUGCAGUGGAAAUGUACAAAUUACAGUUAAGGGACGAAAUCCGUGAGGAAGAUGAACGCGCUGAACGUGAUCUAGUUAAGGCUGAACAGGAUUUGGCGUAUCGUGAAACAUUAGAGGCUGAUAUGGCUAAAGAAGCUGCUAAACGUCAAAAAGAAGCAGCGAUUGCCGCGGAACGUAAGCGCAUAGAGUCGGAAAAGGCAGAAGAAGAAGCGAAACGGGAAUCGAUCCGAUUGGUGGCUCAACAAUCUUUACCGAAAGAGCCUUCUGAAUCUGAAACAAAUGUGUCCACAAUACGUAUUCAAAAUCCCUCUGGCGAGUUCUUAGAGAGGAGGUUCUACAGGCACAAUACGCUGCAGGACAUCUUAAACUUCGUAGCAGCAAACAAUUAUCUAAUCGAGGAAAAUAAGUUAAUUUUAAUAUCUAGUUGGCCGCGUAGCGACUUAACAGCCAUUGAUCCAAACAAAACGCUUGAAGAACUUAAACUAUAUCCUCAAGCAAAAGCCGUGCUGGAAGAACGAUGAUUUUUAUUUGUAACAGAAGCAAACUAAUUUAUACAUCAUACAAUGUAAUAAUACAUUUAUAAUAAAAACUAAUGGUUCACUAAAAAUGGACCAUUUUAAAACUAAUUUUAAUCUUGGUA